AUGGUGCCAACGUUACGUGCUGCUCACCUGUCCGUUGCCUUAGCGUCACUGCCUGUGUCAUGGAAGGCAGUCAUCCCCAUUCUGCUUAUUCUGAUCUCACCAGCCAACGCUCAAUGCCCAUGGCCGAGGAACUUCACUGACCUCAAUGCCGGCUGUAUAUGUGCCUACAAUGCUGGCCAGGAACUUUCGAUUCAGUGCAGUCUUAUCGAUUUCUCCGACCUCCUCACAGCCCUACAGACUUACAUUGGCCGAUUACCCAUCGACCUGCUAUAUGUGAACAAUAGUACCGUGGGCACUCUCGGUUCGGGGAUUUUUCGGAACAUGAGGAUCAAGAACAUUCAGCUAUCCAACUGUCAGAUUUCUGAAAUUCGAGGAGGAGCCUUCAUCGGCCAGGAGGAGACGCUCAAGAAUCUCAAUAUCCAGAACAAUAUCCUAACAGAAGCACCAGUCACAGCACUGAGAACUUUAAGGAAACUUGCCUUGUUGGACCUGAGUCGGAAUGACAUUCGCCUUAUUCCAGACAAUGCCUUCGUCACUCUCAAGCUUCAAACGUUGAAGCUAGCCGAUAAUAAUCUCACCAUCAGCGAACGCGCCUUCAGAGGCCUGGAAGGGACGCUAAAAAAUCUCAACCUCAAAGCUACGGGGCUCGAGACACUUCCUCUGGCAAUGCAGAAUCUCAGCGUUCUAGCAUUCUUGGACCUGGCGCAGAAUAAUCUGAAGACUCUUAAUAAGGGUGUUCUGUCUGGCCUGCAUUCUCUCACCGCGCUCAACUUAGAGAGAAACAUGCUCUCGAUUCUGGAGCCAGAUGCCUUCGAAGGAGUCAACGACACUUUAUCGUCGUUGAGUCUCCUCAAUAACCUCAUACGAGAGUAUCCAACCGAGGCUUUGGGGUCUCUCAAUGAACUAAGGGUCCUGGAUAUUGGCUUCAAUCAAAUUAGGGAGAUUCCUUUAAAUGCAUACCGGCAAAUGCCAUCACUGACUCUUCUGGCACUUGAUGGAAACCCUCUUGAGUCUAUUCCUGAGGAAGCGUUCGUCCACUUGAAUACAAGUCUGCGAGGACUCUCAGUGGGAGGCAGAAGCCUUACCUGUGAUUGUCGUAUCCGAUGGAUUGCUUCGUGGAUCAGAGAUUUCGAUUUGCAAGUGACCAGUCGCGAACGGAAUCCCCAAUUCUGCGGACAACCUCAAAGUUUCAGGGACAGAACUUUCUAUCAACUCAGUCCCUCAGUCGACGACGACGACGACGACGACGACUACAACGACGACCACAAAGCCAACAGUGCCCAGCACAAGAUGGUCACUACCAGUGCGAACGAGACUCCCAUCUCCUACCACCUCCACAACAUCGACAUCCACAACUACCAGUACAACCACGACGACGACGACGACGACAACAGAACCUCCUCCACCUCCUCCACUACCGCAACUGAGCCGGAAGUCCUGGUAAAAGAUGCUUUCCGAGAAGAUAGCUCGGUCAUCAUUCAAUGGGAUGCCUUGGUUGCAAAUCUCCUCGGAUUCAGGGUGGUAUACCGCUUGUUCGGAGACCCUGCUUUCAAGCAAGGGCCUCCUUUAGCUUCUUCAGAAAGAGAAUUCAAGAUCAAGAAUGUGCCAUCUCAGGAAUGCAUCAUCGUGUGUGUCGUAUCGCUGGAAGACACUGACAUUAAACCGGAAUCAGUACCCUAUUCCCAGUGUCGCGAAAUCCGAACGGAAUCUACGUCCCAGACCCAUAUGGACAAGAUCAUUAUAGCAGCCAGUGCAGCUAUAUGCGGAACAGUGGUCGUAGCUGUGAUAGUGUUCAUCUGCUGCAACAGACGAAGGAACAGCUCAGGAGUUCUGGAAAAGGAUGGAGCAUUGGUGCUAGGUCCGGCCACGACCCCAGCUCCCACUGGUCCGCCUCUCGCCUCUUUGACAGCCUUGCACAAGGACUGGGAUCAAAUCUCUAUGUACAGCAGCCGAAGCAUUCCUCGAGCUAGGAUGUAUCACAUGGACAAAGGCUCCAUCAAUGCGGGUUAUAUCCCUGACGAUGCUAGGUCCCACGUGUCGCAUGUCUCGCACCUGUCGCACGCAUCUGCGAACAAGAGCCGCGUGGGACCGAGGUCCAUGGCCGACGGCCAAAGCACCAGGUCCUUCUCGGCCAUGUCCGGCAAAUUCCUCGCUGCCAAUGGCUCCCUCGGGAACCUUUCCCGCCCGGAGCCGCGAGUGCCGUCGAGAGCGUCUGGGAUCAGUGGGACGGGAGAGACACUGGGCAGUGGGCCUAAAAGAUACAGGAAGAGGAGGGAUCGGUCACGUGGAAGGAGUCAUUCCAGGGGACCUUCUGCUGCCCCUUCCCUUCGCUCCCUUACUGAUGAGACUGAAUUUAAUUGGACCGAUCAUGACAUGGACAUCUAUAUGGCCCGGAACCCAACGCGAGGCGGCGGUGGUGAUAGCGACUUCGACAUGUGAACAGAGGA